AUGGCUCGGCUAAAUGAUGUCGCAGCUCCUGUGGAGUCUAUUGAAGCCCGUAAGUCCAUAAAGCGGCGAUUUGUGCGACAGAACCGUGAGAUCGCGAGAGUCAAUUCUAUACAAUCCCUUCGAAUCCGAAGCCUAGAAUCAGAAGUCACACAUCUCUUGGCUGAGAAUGUUUCCCUUCGUGAGCAAGUUAUCAACUUGACUCAGGGGAUGGAACGCUUGGAGGCAGGCAAAAUGCUUCAUGACGGAAUUUACGAGAUCAAGGCCCGACUGGAUAAAAAACUCGCCGAAAUGAAUGACCUCGCAUCAGACCUGGGAAUGUUACCUCGCAAGGCUGCCAAGCUUAGAAACAGAGCUUCGGAGGAGUUCGAUCAGCCGAAAGCGACCGCUCGAGACCCGAGAUCCCGACCGAGAGACUCUGAGUACGAUGACGGGGUUGAUGAUGGACGACUACCAUCGAUCCACGAGGAUAAAUAUUUCCCCCGACGAACCCUGGAAUCACAAGAAAUUCACAGCCUGGUCCAAGCCGAUGAUAGUCUCUCAGAAUUGGCUCUCCCUUUCACCGAAAAUCAGCUUGAAGUGGAAAGUUCUAGUCCUGUGAUACAUGAUAUUCGCCUAGAAACUCACGAAGAUGACGACUACGAUCCAUUCCUCCCACCUAAUCUUGAAACUCGGAGAAAGAAGAACAAGCCCAUUUCCGGCCCUCAAAGUGAGGAAGUAGUUCCACAUCAAAAGCCGAGUCCUAGCGUUGAGCCCAUGCUGCGCGCAAAAUUGAGCGUGAAGCGCAAGUUUAGUCCUGAUGAGGAUGGUAUAUUAUCAGAUAUGGCCUCAGAGGACGACGAGUUUCAGUUUAACCGACCUCUUCCAAAAUCACUUAAACCGGUCAGCUUAUUCGAGACGAUACAAGAUUUAUCUCCCAGCAAAACCCCUGUGACCAUGAAUCGAGGCUCUGCCGGGACCAUGAAGCGAAAAGUUCUGGAGCCUAAGAGUGCAAAUUCCAACCUUGGGUCGCCCAAAAAAGCCCGCGCAUCCUUAUAUCCCGAUAAGAAUCCUUCACAAAGCCUCAGGGGGAAUGAGAAUAUGAUGUCACCCCAGAAAUUGAUCGGGAUCGAAAACGCAAAGAGGAAGAGUACAGUUAGAACACGGGUAUCUCGAACAGGUGUGGAGUCUCAAAAGGAACAUCGCGAGAAAACUGUCGGAAGAGAGGCACCAAGUCGACGUGCACCUGUGACAAGUGAUUCUCCAGCUGCUAAGUCUGAAGACUUGAUUGAUAUUUCGGACGCAACAGGUGCAUCUCGACCCUCGCGGCGUCGUGGUGCCGUGGUCAGUUAUGCAGAGCCCAAUUUGCGAGACAAGAUGCGUCGCCCAACCAAGGAUCUGAUCGACGCAGUGGCCAACAAUGGGUCUCGCAGAUCAUCCAGCUUUCGCGAGAGUUUAGGUGAUGAAAAUGGCCACCUAGCUCUCACGUAUGGAAGCAACACGUCAGACUUGCCCAUGACAGACCAGGCUAUCAACUUCCUGAAGACGGGCGAAUCCGCAGAUCAAUUCAGGAAGUCUCGGCGACACUCUGCCAAUUCGAGAAGCACUCGCGAUAUAUCGCGGUGUGAAACCGACAUUAGUGGAGAUUCCUCUUUGGAGGCAUCCCCAGAUCAGGCACAAACUGAAGGUACUUCGGAGAAUGACGACUAUGUCUGGAACCAUCGGGAAACUCGAGUGGCAACCAGACGAAAGAGUAUGAUGGUUUGA